UUUCUUGAACACACGUGGGCCUGGCAUGCAGCACAACGCAGCUGCUGCUGUGGAAUCGUCGUUACAGAGUUAAUUUGAGCGGAAAGAACUUCAGUUUAUCCAUAUUCUACAUAUUUAUUUUGCUACAGUUGAAGUUAAAUCCUCACCAUGAACUCCCUAAACCAGCAGUAUGAGGAGAAGGUGCGUCCCUGCAUCGACCUCAUCGACUCUCUCCGCUCUCUGGGAGUAGAGGAGGACUUGGCUCUGCCUGCUAUCGCCGUGAUUGGAGAUCAAAGCUCGGGGAAGAGCUCCGUGUUAGAGGCGCUGUCUGGUGUGGCUCUACCUAGAGGAAGUGGCAUCGUGACAAGAUGUCCUCUGGAGCUGAAGAUGAAGAGAAAGAAAGAAGGAGAGCCUUGGUUUGGAAGGAUAAGCUACCAAAACCAUGAGGAAGAAUUAGAGGACCCCACAGAUGUGGAGAAAAAGAUCAGAGAAGCUCAGGAUGAAAUGGCUGGUGUUGGGGUCAGGAUCAGCGAAGAGCUCAUCAGUCUGGAAAUUUCUUCUCCUGAUGUCCCAGACCUGACGCUCAUUGAUCUGCCAGGCAUCGCCAGGGUGGCUGUAAAGGGACAGCCAGAAAACAUUGGAGAACAGAUCAAGAGGCUGAUUCAAAGGUUCAUCACAAAACAAGGAACCAUCAGCCUGGUGGUUGUUCCGUGCAACGUGGACAUAGCAACCACAGAGGCCCUGAAGAUGGCUCAGGAGGUGGAUCCUGAUGGAGAGAGGACUCUGGGUAUCUUGACCAAGCCUGAUCUUGUAGACAAAGGCACAGAGGAGAUGGUGGUGGACAUUAUCCAUAAUGAUGUGAUCCAUCUUCAGAAGGGCUACAUGACUGUCAGGUGCAGGGGUCAGAAGGAGAUCAAAGACAAGGUGUCUCUGACGGAAGCCAUAGAAAGAGAAAAAGCCUUCUUCAGAGAACAUGCACACUUCCAAACUCUCUACGAUGAGGGUCAUGCCACUGUUCCUAAACUGGCUGAGAAACUCACACUUGAGCUGGUGCAUCAUAUUGAGAAAUCUCUGCCUCGACUUGAAGAGCAGAUUGAGGAGAAGUUACAGCAGACCCGCGCUGAGCUGGAGAGAUACGGGAGUGGACCACCAUCUGAUGCUGCUGAGAGACUCGUCUACCUCAUUGAUAAAGUGACAGCGUUCACUCAGGAUGCCCUCAGUCUGACUACUGGAGAGGAGCUAAAGUGUGGGGAGCAACUCAACGUGUUUUCUACACUCAGGAGAGAGUUCGGGAAGUGGAAUGCCCACCUGGAGAAAUCAGGAGAAAAGUUUAACAAGAAGAUUGAGAGUGAGGUGGAGGAAUAUGAAGAGCGGUAUCGAGGCAGAGAACUGCCAGGUUUCAUCAACUACAAGACCUUUGAGGUCAUGGUCAGGGAGCAGAUCAAACAACUGGAAGAGCCUGCUGUCAAGAGGCUCAAAGACAUAGGAGAUGCUGUGAGGAAGGUGUUCAUACAGCUGGUUAUGAGUAGCUUCACUGGAUUUCCUAACCUCAUAAAAACAGCCAAGGCGAAGAUUGAAACCAUAAAACAAGAGAAAGAAACGACUGCUGAAUCCUUCCUGAGGACCCAGUUCAAGAUGGAGAUGCUUGUUUAUUCUCAGGAUAGAACCUACAGCAACAGUCUGAGCGACAGAAAGAAAGAGGAGAAUGAAGAUGAAGAUGUCAUAUUACAUCAAACCUCACUUGAGUACAGUGAGGAUAAUCAUGCAACUCUUGAGGAGCUAAUGAAUGAAGAUGAAGAUGAAGAUGAAGAAGAAGAAUAUGAGGCUGAAGAUGAACUCCUAUUACAUGUCUCCUCUCUUAUGUACAGUGGGGAUAAUCAUGCAACUCUCAAGGAACUUCUGCUGCACCUUAAAUCAUAUUACAAAAUUGCAAGCCAGCGUCUGGCUGACCAGAUCCCUAUGGUGAUUCGCUACCAGAUGUUGCAGGAGUCUGCUGUCCAGCUGCAGAGGGAGAUGCUGCAGGUGCUCCAGGAGAAGGAGAAUUCAGAGUUCUUGUUGAAGGAGGAUGCUGAUAUUAGCAGUAAGAGGGCCAACCUGCAGAGCCGUCUGAAACGUCUCAUGAGGGCCCGUGCAUACCUGGUGGAGUUUUAAAUCCUUAACCUCCUGUUCCCCAGCAAUCUACAGCAUCUCUUUAGUUUGUAUAGACAGCAGCACAGCAUAGUUCAGUGAUCUGUUUCUGAUCAUGCAAAGGUCCAUGCCUGCAAUGAUGUUCAUAGAUCAGAGAAUUAUGCUUCUCUUGUUCUUAAAAAAAUAAAUACAAAAUUUCCAUGUCUACAAAGAGGUUCAUCUAAGUAUGAAAACAUUUUCAGAGGAGUUGACGUGCAGCAGCUGCAGGACAUUGCCUUAUGUUAGACAGACCUCUCUCUACAAAUAGAAAAGGCGAUAUCAAUUAUGGCCUUUGAAUCUGGUUCAAUAUACUUAGCAUCACUUAAUGGAGCUGCUAGGUAUUGUCCUCUGUUGAAUGUGCCACAGAACAGACACUUACUAUGUACUUUGGCUCACCCUUGUGGUUAUACAGGAAAGUUAAAAAAAAAAAAAAGCUUGGCAGCAAAAACUCCAAAUCCUUAAAAGUAUAUCACUUUUAAUAUUUUCAUACAAAACUUUGCCAUUUCAUUUGUGUUGUCAAUAUUCAAUUGUUGUUCCCCAGCCUUGGGAAUAAAAGUUCUGCAUUGUGAUUUGAAACAG